CCCCACUGCACAAUAUACAACACUUAACUGAUCUCUUCCAAAAACAAGUCGAUAAUCACAACAAAAAACGAAAAAAGCAAAACAAAACGCCGUAGAAAUACCAAAAAACCCUACACACAAUAAUUUCUCCGCCAUCUUCAAGCUCCGAGUCAACUCUCUCCCUCUACUUUCUCUCUCUAGAUAUAUUCAGGUAUAUGUAAUUUUGCAGUGGAAAUUUAGGAGUUAUGGCGGCUGCGGCGGCGACGGAGAGUUCAUCGGCUAGAUCUGCAAGUGGAGGAUCAUCGGCUGAUUCAUAUAUUGGAAGUUUAAUUAGCUUGACGUCAAAGAGUGAGAUCCGUUAUGAAGGAAUUCUCUAUAACAUCAAUACUGAUGAGUCCAGUAUCGGUCUUCGAAACGUAAGAUCAUUUGGAACAGAGGGAAGAAAGAAGGAUGGUCCUCAAGUACCUCCGAGUGACAAAAUUUAUGAAUACAUACUUUUCCGUGGAAGUGAUAUCAAGGAUUUACAAGUUAAGUCUUCGCCACCUCUUCAAACUACACCACCAAUAAACAAUGACCCAGCUAUCAUCCAGUCACACUAUCCUCGACCACCUACAACAUCGGCAAGCGUACCUGCUCCUGUUGGGGGAUCUUUGACGGAUCUAAGUUCCCAUUCUGCACAGCCGGGACAUCCUGGCUCAGCAUUCCAAAGUGGCCUGCCUUUGUAUCAACCUGGAGGGAAUUUAGGAUCUUGGGGUCCAUCACCUCCUCCUCCGAAUGCCGGUGCUGGUGGACUUGGUAUGCCGAUGUAUUGGCAAGGUUUUUAUGGUGCACCCAACGGACUACCACAAAUGCAGCAACAAUCUUUGCUUCGUCCUCCUCCCGGACUUGCCAUGCCUCCUUCCAUGCCGCAGAUGCAGUUUUCUGGGUUCAAUUCGUCUUUGCCAACUGGAGGAUCAAGCCUACAGGCGUCAAACUUGCCAGAAUACCCUUCUUCAUUGAUGCCUACAACUACUAGUCUAGGCGCUAGUUCUUUACCUGCUGCUACUUUGCCUUCAACUGUGCCUCCCCUGCAACCUGUGGCACCUGUGACUGAAACAAUAUCCAGCACACUUUCAAACAAGACUUCUGUUUCUGCUAUUGCCCCAUCGACAUUAAGUGCUAGUUUACCGACUUUGCCUCCUUUGACAACAAGUCCUGAUGUACCGCCAAUAUCUAUUAAACCCAAUCCAGUACCUAGCCCAGCUUUGUCUCAAUCUGUAUCUACUGUCAUGGGGCCAUCCAGUUCUAAUCUAGUGGAGACACCCACGCCUUCGCUGGUAACUCCGGGGCAGCUGCUGCAAUCUGGACCAAUUGAUGUUCCAUCAACUCAAUCUACACAGACAGCUCAAAAAGAUGUUGAAGUGGUACAAGUAUUGCCUGCACCAUCUUCAGAAACUCCAGCUCCUGUUAAAACAGAAGCUCAGCCACCAAUAUUACCAUUACCACCUCAGACACGUGUACAGAAGACAAAUGGAGCUCCAUAUCAGGCACGUUACAACAACUACAGAGGGCGUGGCGGAAGAGGAAUGGGGGUUUCAAGACCAGUAACAAAAUUCGAAGAGGAUUUUGAUUUUAUGGCCAUGAAUGAGAAGUUCAAGAAAGACGAAGUGUGGGGUCAUCUUGGCAAAAGUAACAGAGAAGGAGAUGGAAAUGGCAGCGACGAAGAUGUCUCUUUCAAUGAGUAUGAUGAUGAUCUUCCUAAGAUUGAUGUCAAGCCUGUUUACAAUAAGGAUGAUUUUUUCGACUCUUUGUCAAGUAAUGCACUUGAUAAUGACCCAAAUCAUGGAAGGACCAGGUUCUCUGAGCAAAGGAAGAUAGACGUUGAGACGUUUGGAGAUUUCUCAAGAUACAGGGGUGGCCGUGGUGGCCGUGGUCCUGGACGUGGUGGACGUUCUCGAGGUUCAUAUUAUGGAAGAGGAGGAUAUGGAGGAUACAGCGGAAAUGGGUAUGGUUAUGGUUAUGGUGGUAGAGGCAGAGGCCGUGGUAUGCCAUCCCGUGCUUCAUAAAAGAGUUUGCUGUAUUAUCUCGAGCUUGAGCUAGAAGCAACUAUCUGCCUCUUUUAGGCAGGAUAGUGUUAGUACUAUCUGAUCCUGUAACGUUUGUGCAUCUUGUCUACGUUUUUAAGGAAUAAAUUCAGGCUUUAAAAGUAUGUUCAAUUUUCCUCGGGCUAGAGCUCAUUUUAUCUAGCUGCUAAUUAUACAAGCACUAUGGCUAGAGUCCUAUUGUAGUCUGCUUGCCGAUUGCAAUGUGAAAAUUUGGCACUUACCAUUUUCCUUUAGUAAUUUUCAUGUACAAUUCCAACUUUGAAGAAGUUUAAUUACUUUAAGAGAUUUGUUUGUGUUGUUGAAA